AUGGAAAUCUUUAAGUGUAAAUAUGUUACCCAUGAAAAUGAAGAAAUAAUUGGAUUUUGUUUGAAUCAGAAUUGUUAAAAUGCAAGUCAAUACUGUUAUGAAUGUUUAAGUUCAACUCAUUUAGAACAUUUUAAUGAUUGUAUUCGAUUCACUAAAAUGAUCGAAUUAAUAAAUGAAUUAAUUCAAAAAUGCAAUCAAUCAAAGAUAUACUUCUAAGAAAUCUCAAAACAAUUUUAGAAAUUUUUUGAACACAUUUAAAAAAAAAUGGAUUAGGAUAUUAAGUUAUUAGAAAUUAUGCCUCAUCAACUUUUGAACCAAGAUUAUUUGAGUUUUAAGUCUUAAAUUCACAUAAUAAAGCAGCUUUACUCAAAGGAAAAAGAAAAUUACAUAUGUGUUUAUUUAAUAAUUAUUAUAGAGAAACAAAUAUUAAAAUUGAAUAUUAUUCUAGAUACAAUAAAGAAGAUGGUACCAGAAGAAAUUGUUGUUUAGAAUUCAGGCUAGUAAAAAGAAAUUAAUCAGGUGAGUGAUGAUGUAUAACAGUAAAAUGUUAAAGAAGUUAAUAGAUUAUUAAAUGAAGGUGCUAGCUUAUAUUAAAAUUUUAGGUUUUGCAUUACAAAACUAAUAGAAAUACUAAGAAGCCAUUUAAUGUUACGACAAAGCUAUCUUAAUUAAUCCUUUAUAUUAUAUCGCAUGGAAUAAUAAGGGUAAUAAUGUUUUAAGAAUUAUUAUUUAGGUUUUGCAUUACAUAAUUAUGAGAAAUACUUAGAAGCCAUUGAGUGCUACGACAAAGCUAUCUUAAUUAAUCCUUUGUAUUAUACUGCAUGGAAUAAUAAGGGUAAUAAUUUUUUAAGGGUUAUUAUUUAGGUUUUACAUUAAAUAAAUUACAGAAAUACUAAGAGGCAAUUGAAUGUUGCAACCAAGCUAUCUUAAAUAAUCCUUAAAAUCAUUCUGCAUGGAGUAAUAAGGGUAAGUAAUUUGAAAAGCAUUUUAAUUUAGGUCUUGCAUUAGAUAAAUUAUGUUAAUACUAGGAAGCUAUUGAGUGCUAUGAAAAAGUUCUCUUAAUUAAUCCUUAAUGUGAUCAAGCAUGGAAUGAUAAGGGUAAAUAAUUUAAACUACUAUUAAUUAGGUCUUAUAUUAAAUAAUUUACGGAAAUACUUAGAAGCAAUUGAAUGUUACGAUAAAGCUAUCUUAAUUAGUCCUAGAUGUGAUUCUGCAUGGAUUAAUAAAGGUAAAUAAUUUGUAACCAUUAUUUAGGUCUUGCCUUACAUAAUUUACGAAAAUACAAAGAUGCUAUUGCUUGUUUCAACAAAGCAAUCUUAAUUAAUCCUAGAAAUAGUUAUGCAUUGUAUCAUAAGGGUAAGUAAUUUGUAAACCUAUAUUAUUUAGGUCUUGCGUUAGAUAAAUUAUAUUAAUACUAAGAAGCUAUUGAUUAUUAUGAUAAAGUUCUCUUAAUUAAUCCUUAAUAAGAUUCUGCAUGGAUUAGUAAAGGUAAGUAAUGUUAAAUAAUUAUUAUUAUUUAGGUCUUGCAUUACAAAAUGUACGGAAAUACUAAGAAGCUAUUUUUUGUUACGAUAAAGCUAUCUUCAUUAAUCCGAAUAAUAAUUAGACAUGGUUGAAUAAGGGUAAUUUAUUUUAAUUAUUUUGAUUUAGGUCUAGCAUUAGAAAAAUUAUUUUAAUUCUAAGAAGCUAAUGAGUAUUACCACAAGGCUGCCUUAAUUAAUCCUAUAUGUGAUUAAACAUGGGUCAAUAAGGGUAUUUAAUUUUUAAACAUUACUAUUUAGGUUAGGCUUUAAGUAAAUUACAGAAAUAUGAAUAAGCUAUGGAGUGUUAUGAAAAAGCUAUUUUAUUUAAUCCUUAAUUUGAUCUUGCAUAUAUUAAUAAGGGUAACAAAUUUUUCAAUCAUUUAUUUUUUAGGUUAAGUUUUAGAUAAAUUAUGCUAAUACUAGGAAGCUAUUGAGUGCUAUGAAAAAGUUCUCUUAAUUAAUCCUAAAUGUGAACAAGCAUGGAAUGAUAAGGGUAAAUAAUUUAAACUACUAUUAAUUAGGGCUUACCUUACAUAAUUUACAGAAAUACUAAGAUGCUAUUGAGUGUUACGACAAAGCUAUCUUAAUUAAUCAUUACUUUGAAUCUGCAUAUAUAAAUAAGGGUAACCAAUUGUUAAGCUGUAUAUGUUAGGUUAGGCUUUAAAUAAACUUCAAAAAUAUAAAGAAGCUAAUGACUGUUACAGCAAAGCUAUAUAUAAUAACCCUAAAAAUGAUUCAGCAUGGAUUAAUAAGGGUAAUAAUUUUUUUUUUCUUAUAGGCUAAACUUUAAGUAAAUUACAAAAAUUUACUGAAGCCAUUGAGUGUUAUGACCAAGUUAUUCAAAUUAAUCCUUAAUGCGAUAUAGCAUGGAGAGAUAAGGGUAACUAAUUUAAACUACUAUUAUUUAGGUUUUGCAUUAUAUAAUUUACAGAAAUACAAUAAAGCUUUUGAGUGUUACGAAUAAGCUAUCUAAAUUAAUUCUAAAGAUGGUUCUGCAUGGAUUAAAAAAGGUAUCUUAUGUUUUAAUUUAGGAGUUGCAUUACAUAAAUUAAAGAAAUACAAAGAUGCUAUUUUAUGUUACGAUUAAGCUCUUUCAAUUUAUAUUAAUCCUCUAGUAUUAAGGCUAAAAGGUAUGCAAUUCUUAAUUAAAUAUAAGCUGAUUCGCUAUUUGAAUUAGGAAACAAAAAUGAAGCUAAUGAAUUAUAUAUGGCUGCAUUGGAAAAAGGAUCAGAUUAGAAAGAUUAUGUAGAGAAAUAGCUAUAAAAGUUAUGA